GCAUGGGCAGUUUUCCGUGCACCCAACAGGCCUGGUGGUCCAUACAUGCCGAAUGAGAUAUACUUUUUCGAGCGCUCUAACGGUAUCAGCACCUGGCACCGGCCAUUCGACUAUGCUGACGACACAGAUGGACUCACAACCGGUGAGCAAUGGAAAGUAGAGCACCUGGAGCAGCAGCGAGAGCAGGCCAGGGCUAAGGCCAAGCAGGAUAAGCCUAAAUCUCAGACGGCCAUUCCAGGUACCGAUUGGUCCCGUGUCCUAACUGAGCAGGGGCGUACUUACUACUGCAACUCAGAAACUGGGCAAUCAAGGUGGGAUAUACCCGAAGAUCUGGCAAAAACGCUCGCGGACCAGGCUAGCACAGAAAAUGAGGUAGAAGCAGAGAACACAGAACUCAACGCCGAAGAUGCCGACUGGAUGCUGGAACAGAUGGCCGAUGAACUGAUGGACGACAUGCCAUUAGAAGCAAGUGAUGCUGAAGUAGAGGAGCCAGCUGAGCCAGCGGCAGAGAAGGUUUCAAAGGAUGACAAACUUGCGCAGUUCAAUGAGCUGCUCAAAUCUGCGAGCCUCAAUCCAUUUGGCACCUGGGAAAGCGAGCAGCUAAAGAUUGCAGCUGACCCACGGUUCCGGCUAAUCGACACUGACGCGGAGCGACACUGUCUGUUUGACGCUGUCUGUACUGACCUGAUUGCGCAGCGGCGCCAACAGCAGGCAGCCGCACGACCAGCGAAGCUGGCAGGCGACCCGUUCGACCAGCUACUGCAAGAAAAGGUCACGUCCAAGAAGCUAUCGUUUGCCAAGUUUUGCCAGCAAAACCGCAAAGAUCCGAGAUUUCUGAAGCUGCGGUCUUCGCGAGACCGCGAGAAGCGGUUCAACAAGCAUAUCGGCUCGAUGUAG